CGAGCGUGGGGUUGAACCGCCUCCACUGCCUGGAGUAAGAGCUGAGGCAGGCGGAGAAGCUGCACAGGACGUCCAGGGCCCCACCACUGGCGGUGGGAUGUGAGACAUUGAUCCUAUGCUCCAAAGAGUUGCCUGCCACCGAGACCAGCAGAUGGAGUGGGCGAACAGGAAGUCAGGUUCUGGCAUCCAAGCCGCCAUCGACCUCACCGCGGGGGCGGCAGCCGGUACAGCUUGUGUACUGACCGGGCAACCCUUCGAUACAAUAAAGGUGAAGAUGCAGACGUUCCCCGGCCUGUACAAGGGCCUCACUGACUGUUUCCUGAAGACUUACACGCAAGUGGGUUUCCGAGGCUUGUACAAGGGGACUGGCCCUGCCCUGAUCGCCCACGUCUCCCAGAACUCCGUCCUCUUCAUGUGCUAUGGCUUCUGCCAACAGUUUGUCAGAGCAGUGGUCGGAGUGGACAAGCAGGCAAAGCUGAGUGAUCUGCAAACUGCAACGGCAGGGUCCUUGGCCUCUGCGUUUGCUGCCCUGGUCCUUUGCCCCACCGAGCUUGUGAAGUGCCGUCUGCAGACCAUGCACGAACUGGAGAUGUCAGGGAAGAUAGCAAAAAGCCACAAAACAAUUUGGUCCGUCGUGACGAGUGUCCUUAGAAAGGACGGCCCCUUGGGCUUCUACUACGGACUCUCAAGCACUCUGCUUCAGGAAGUACCGGGCUAUUUCUUCUUCUUUGGUGGCUAUGAACUGAGCCGAUCAUUUUUUGCAUCUGGACAAUCAAAAGAUGAACUGGGCCCAGUCCCUCUGAUGGUAAGUGGUGGAAUUGCUGGAAUUUGCCUCUGGCUUGUGGUGUUCCCAGUGGAUUGCAUUAAAUCCAGAAUUCAAGUUCUUUCCAUGUAUGGAAAACAGGCAGGAUUUAUCAGUACCCUUUUAAGUGUUGUGAGAAAUGAAGGAAUCGGAGCCUUAUAUUCUGGACUGAAAGCUACUAUGAUUCGUGCCGUCCCUGCCAAUGGAGCACUAUUUUUGGCCUAUGAGCACAGCAGGAAGAUGAUGAUGAGCCAGCUGGAAGCACACUGAAGUGUCUUGGUAUAAACCUGGACACAGCACAUGAAUUUGAGGCCUAUAGUUCAUUUUAGGGUUCACAGAGUAGAAGACCAAUGUGGAAUUAUUUUCUACUUCCUGGGAAUUUGGGUUUUGUCUUUCCUUCUUCUACCCCAAAUCUUAAACUUUGUGGAAGGAUUUCUAUUUUAUGACAUAUCAUUUCUCCCCAUGGUUGUAUUGUUAUAGAAAAGUCGCUAUUCUGACUCCUGGUGAGCCAGGAAUGAGCUUGUGGCCUUAAAUACCUAAUCUGAAAGGCUAAAUGUAGCUGCAUAAACCUAUAUGUA